UGUCGCUCUGGGGGGACUGCUGUCACGAUACCGAUUUGUGGGAUACUUUUCGGUUUUAUGUUGUGCCGUUGUUCAAUUCCAAGAGGAGGGAGUAGGAUGGCUAGGGAGGCGCGCAACCAGGUGCUGCUGUUCAGGAGGAAGUGCUGGGUUUGUCCGAUUGGGGCUGGUUCAGUGUUCAAUGGAGGAGAGGGGACUCUGUGUGCUGUUGCUCGCGGGCUUGGAGCUCGGAUGAUCUAGAUGCGCUCCCAGGCGGUUUGUACGGAUAUAACAUCGGCCACCCCGCCUGGCUUGCCUUGGGUUCGUCGUCCUUCUCGAAUGAAUGAAUGAAUGAUGAUUCCGGGGCGCGGUUUUGGUUUAUCCCUGCGGAUUCUGUGUUUCUCUAGGGCGUUACGGCGUGAGUCUUGAGAAAUUUGUCUUCGCGUUGUUUGCCUUGUCUUCGUUACAGCACAGCUUUGGUAAUUGAUGAAUUUGUUAAGGCUACGUACUCUGACUGUUUGGUAAUUUCGAUGAUUGAUUAGUCUUCCCUGCUUUUUUUUACUGUUGUUAAUUGAUUAAUUAAUCAUUUAUGUGACUUCCCGAGUCUUGUCUCGUAGCAGCAAUGCUGCCACGCUAAUCCCCUGCAGUGAAUAAUUAGAGGGAAAGGAAAUAUUAUCUCUUCACAAGUAUCCAAAGCAAGCCAUCAAGCAUUAUCCAAUUUAAAUCCAGCAACAACAUUGGGGCACCAUAAGCUAUACCCUUCAUGUAGAACAUACUUUUAUGCUUCAUUAGUCGAUUUUGUUGAAGAAAAUUCCCAGUAACUUCAAGUGAACCCUGACGGUUCUACUGAUGUGUUGAUGCUUUGGUUUUUUGUUGUUUGCAUCGAAGUGUACAAAACCUUGAUGCAUGUUCCUGGUUCAUAAGUGGUACCUUUUAAAAAAAGGCCCUUGUUUCCGGUGCUACUUCCGAUGAGAAAUGAUUAAUCUUCUAGGCAAGAGAUUCGUCUCACAUGCAUGUGUGAUGUGGAUUUUCUUGUCUGUCCCCAAACACUCGGAAUCUCCGCAAAUAGUUUUGUUUAUUUGCCUUGUCCUUGUUCGAAUGCUUCAUGUUCCAUAGCAGCAACAAUUUGCACAGAUUGUCUUCUGUUUAAUAUUUUUAGUGUAUGUACAGUGCAUAUAUAAAUGCCACCUUCCUCCCUUGCUUAGAAGCCUCCACUAAAUCACUUCUCCUCCCCCGAUCCAACCAUGCCAUCCCUGUGAGAAGUUUGAGAGUCAACAGCUACUGUAACAUUUGAGAAAAUUGUGUACGAAAAUCGAUCUGGGCCUUUGCAGCGUUGCAGUAGCCUGCAGAGAGCUUGUUUGAUGAGAGACACAUUGAUGUGGUUGGCUUUAGAAGUUGUUAAUAGUCAUGGAUGUUCUUAAGAGUGACGUGCAGAAUGCUUCUCUUGUUGAUGAGACUCGAAGACCACCAUUAGUUCCAUCUGAGAAGCACAAUGCUUCUGCAGUUAGCCGAGGGAGAGAUGUUGCAUCCAGGUACAAGACUGAUAAGGCUGCUACCCCGACAAGGCGAUGCACAUCUCCAAGUCUUGGCCGGACCUCAGUAACUAACAGCACACAGUUACCUAUAAGAGCACAAUCUGUAGACAGAAGAAGACCCUCAACGCCUUCAACCCCUUCUUCUAGGGCAUCAAUACCCUCCACCCCAACAUCAAGGUCUGUCACACCAGUUCGUGAUACCAUCAAAGAGGUAAAUAAGAGUUCGAGGUGUAUAACGAACGAAAGGUCCCCACAUGGCUUGUGGCCAGCAAAGCGGAACCUUUGUCCCUCCUUCCAGUUGGGGUCUUUGGCUACCCCUGGUAAGGAAAAAGAUAAGAUAACCUCUAGCCCAUCUUUGGAUCGGACCAAGGGACAAGUAGGUGUUCUGACUGAGAGGAAGAGGAGUCCUCUGAGAAGGAAGAAAAUUGGUGAACAAUGUGAGAAUGCUCAACCUUCAGAAAACCCACCUAAGAGGGCAACUGAGCAAAACCGAUGGCCAGCGAUGAUAAGUGCGCGUGGGCCUGCCAAUCACAUGUCUAGUGCUGAGCUUUCCGACAAAGCUAGCAGAUCAGUCCCUUUAUCAAAUGCUUCUAGAGGGCUUUCACCGAGGAAGAUUCCAGCUUCUGAAGACACAGGUAAAAGGCUGAAUCAGUCAUUGGAUGAUGUGGCGAGGAGAUUGGCUAUUCAUGCAAGCAGAAGAGAUGAACUGGUCUCUUGCAGUGAUGUUAAUUCACAGACAGCAGAAAGAUCUAAAUAUGUGAGCCGUCCAAGUAGGACAAUCACUUUACCUGUUCCCGUUCUUCAUCGCUCUUCCUCACCAAGCAAGAUCUUGUCAACUUCAUCCUCUGCUUCUAGGGCUUUUCAGAGCCCAUCUCGGGCAAGGCCUUCAACACCUUGCCGGUCACAAAGUGCUGGAACUAUUCAAUCAGGUGUUGCAUCUCCGAUUGUUAGCUACAUGGUUGAUCCAAGAAAGGGAAAGAAGAAUACCAGCCAAAUUGAAAAUAUCCACCAACUGCGCAUGCUGUAUAAUAGAUCUUUGCAGUUUCUCUUUGUAAAUGCUCGUGCAGAAGAUAUUCUAUCUUUCCAAAAGGCUACUGUUGAGAGUAUUAUUUAUAAUGUUUGGAGGAAUACCUCGAACUUGCGGGAUGCUGUUAAUCUGCGAAGAAUCAUGUUGCAACGCCAUCAGCAAGAGUUGAAGCUGCAUGACAUCUUACAAGAGCAGGUUGCUUACCUUGAACAAUGGCCAGCACUUGAAAAGGAGAAUAGUGAUUCUUUAUUUAGGGCAACAGAAGCUCUAAAAGCAAGCACACUACGCCUUCCAGUCACAUCAGGAGCAACGGCUGAUGUGAUUAGUCUUAAGAAUGCUGUAAGCUCAGCUGUCGAUGUAAUGCAAGGCUUGGGAUCAUCAGUUUGUCGUAUGCUUUCUAAGGUUGAAGACCGGACAUAUUUGGUUUCAGAGCUCUCGGUUAUAGCAGAUCAAGAAAAUGCCAUGCUUCAUGAAUGCAGAGAACUCUUAGCUAUGGCAGCGAAAUUGGAGGUACAGGAGUCUAGCUUGCGGACACAUCUUAUGGAAGUGAAGGACUUGUCCAGAUGAAUUAACAACCGGAGUGAAGAUAAUACACACACACCAAUCUUUCUGAAUAGGUACAACUAUGCAAGUUGAGCUGGUGACUAUAAGAACAUAAUUCUUAAAAAAAAAACUUAUAACAGACAAGGAAUCCGUAUAGAGUAAUAACAAAACAAAAGAAUGUUAAACAUCCCCUGGCGAUCAAGGUGUGAUGCUGUGCAGAUCAAGCCUGAUGUGCAGAUAACAACUCACAGUGCUUAGAGAUAUUAGCUUUUAGGUCUCAUGUGUAAAUGACUUACCAUAGAGUGCAAUUCUAGCCUCUGCCCCCACUUUUAGUUGUUCCUUAUUUUGUUAGUAGUUUCUUUUCAAGGGUAGGACCCUAUUCUUUUCUGUUGUUUUUUAGCGCCUGGAAAAGGAUUGCACAAAUGAAAUUGAAGGGAAAGAUAAUGAAAAAAAGAUGGAAUCUCUUCUUUGUACUGUACAACAUAUGUGACCAGAUUAUGUAGCUGCACUCUCUCGCCUUAACCAACUCCAUUGUUUCGAGAAUACUGAGACCUCACGUACGAAUAUCCAUGUUGCUGUUGCACUGCAGUCUAAAA